AUGGGCGGCCCAUGUCCUCUGGGCCACACUACACCUGAAGCAUCGGAGCUGUUCCCGCCAUUUCUGCCAGCCCUGAGAUUUCCGAUGUUUUUGCCUCGGUUCCCGCCAGAUUUACAAGCGGCCGGGCCCAACAUGCUGUUCCCACCUCUCCACCAGCCUCGGGCCCCAGCACCGGCUGUCUUCUUCACCCUGGCUGACCUUGACCUUUGUCUCUUCGGCAGCACUGGAUGGUUAAGUUCCUCUUGUGCCAGAACGCCUAAUGGAGUGAACAGGUCCUACGCCUUUUCUGGCAUACGCAUUUCUCAGAGCCGCCCAGGUGGUCAGUCCAUGUCGUCACUGUGCGGAGAGGUCAUGGCCGCCCCUGGGUCAGUCCAUUCGUCCACCUGGAGAUCCACAAAGUCUGUGCCACCGGUUCAUGAACUGCCAACCGGUCUCCUCUUGUCACAAACUGGCCUGUCGGGCUUAACGCACUACGCUGUUUUCUGUGGAACUCAUCCUAUCCCAAAGGGUACCAAGUUCGGACCUUUUAAGGGUCGAGUGGUGAACCCAAGUGAGAUGAAGACCUUCGAUGACAACGGCUAUAUGUGGGAGAUCUUUAAAGAAGGCCGCCUCAGUCACUUCCUUGAUGGACGUGGAAAUUCUGGAAACUGGAUGUCUUACGUAAACUGCGCGCGCACACCAACAGAACAGAACCUGGUGGCUGUGCAGGAAGGGGAGGUCAUCUUCUAUGAGGUGAACAUCCCCUUAUAA